AUGCCUCCUUUCUGCCCAUCUGCACCCCAUCAAACCAAAACGUCAGAUCAAGAUCGAGAUACUGAGGGCUCUCUAGAAAGCCUUCCGAUGUACAACAAGCGCAAAUUCGGACAUAUCAGAGUCCACAUCGCCGCCGAGACCUACAUCAACACCGUGUACACGUAUGAAAGGUCAGACACCAGGUCGACUUCGUCGCGUACUCUCGGUCGCUCGUCCGUAUCCCCAAGCUCUCCGGCUCGUUUCUCCCCUGCUCUAACUGGGUCGUCGCACACCAUAGGCCAUCCUAAAAGACGGACACAGACGGAAGCUAGUUCGUGUACAGUUGGUCGCGAGGAGGGUCCUAAUACUUCUUCGGCGUCUGAUAGCUCGCAUACGAUUGGUCGCGAGGAGAGUCCUACUAUGUCUUCAACGCCUGAUAGCUCGCAUACUAUUGGCCUGUCCCCAAGCCCUGAAGGUGAGCGGAGGGUGGAGAGGAUGGAUGUCGAUGCUGAAGGAGGAAGGCUUGGAAACGGAGAGGAAGAGGCCGAGGAGCGGCGAGGGAUUGAGGAUACUGAUGGUGAGGGCGGGGGAGAUCUGUUUAAGGAGAGUUAUGAGGAUAGUUUUUUAACACCCUCGCGAGGAUUAGACAAUUCGGCCUUCGUACCCCAACCUCCUGCGGCACGGGCGCAGUCUGCAAACCGCACACAAGAGAGGCGCGGGCGCUACCAGUUUGGAGGACGACCGCGAGUAUUCCAUUCAAUCUCCAUUCAGUAUUUGAGUUCUUCCAAAGCAGCUUUUACGCUACUAACCCACCUCGGGAUCGUCAUUGUCGGCGGUUCGGAAACGUCACCGCCUGAUCCCCCGGCUCCCUUCCGCAUCUUGAGGCCGGCCUUGUACACAGGCGGUAGCUCGUCCUCGCCUGUCACCCUCGAGGAAGUAGACCUCAGCGUCGCGGACCGCAAAAGCACGCCCGUUCAUAUCGCGGCCCUCCCAAGCGCGGUCCUCAACACCCAGAGCCUCAAUAUUCUAGCGCUCAAUGCCUUUGCGCGGGUAGAUGCUGCGGCCCUCAGCGCCUUUGUACAUGUAGAUCGUGCGGCCCACAGCGUCGUUGUACAUGAAGUCAUUUUCGUACGCAACUUCAGAAAACCUCAGAAGAUACCUCCCGCCAGGAGUUUGGCGGCGUGUUUUUCAGCGCAUAUUUUGCUUCUCUUUUUGCCGUAUCUUCCGCUUCCUCUUUUGCCUGCUGUUCUUGGUCCUUCCGAUAGGCCUCCAUCCAAACUCGAGCCUGUUCUUCCCGUAACUCCUGCUCCUUUACUGCUUCGCGAGCCUGCCCUGGCUGUUCUGGUGCGACGUUGGCUGAGCUCGGUGACACGCAUCCAGUCCUUCGCGGCCUGUAGCUUUGAGGGCGUGGGCGGUGACAUUGAGGCGCCUAAUAGUCCGAUUGACGAACUUUUGACAAGUUGGAGAUGGGAGAGCUUCUCAGAAUCGACCCGCUGUCAGAGUCACGAGGCGCCGGAAGCGGACAGUCAUAACAGUAAGACUAAAUGCCCCACAGAGAGUGUGCACAUGAUCAAGUACUAUACGAGUCGCGCGACGGUGGGUUCUUGCUUCUUCUGCUUGACGAGCGCACUCUGCUGCAAUGUCGUUGCAAUGGCGCAGGAGGACAGAGAUUUGAAGAUCGGAAGGAACAUUUGCAAUGAUGACUCUGUUCUGGCGAUAGUAUAUUUUGAUCAUGUCGCUCCGGGUUCCGGUGUGAAUGCGCUCGAAGAUAAGCUCCAGGUUGUGACUCGCCUGCGCACUGACGCUCGCUGGACGUGCAUCGCUCUCAGUGUAGUAUUGCGCAAACAUACGAGUGCUGACGGAGUCGAAUGCACUAGCGGUGUCGAAUCGGGCGCCAUGUGGGAUUGUCGUGGUAUUGUGGACGCAAGGGACAAAAUUCACAGCGAAGCAGCCGACCUCGUGUCCAUCUUCAUGUCAACUAUCGCGCCGCCCGCAGCCGACGCAACGACUGUAACGACUGCAACAUCUACUGUCAUGGAAAGCGCCACGUCUCUUGAGGAACACGCUUGGGUGCCCACCUUCUCCAUAAGCCGCCACCCUUAUCCCUCGCUAAUUCCUAUCAAGCACCCCCAUAAGCGCUUUCUUCGCCGUUAUGCGCUCCCGCUUCUCCUUUCCAUUCCUAAACGUCUUCUCUUAUUGCGUAGUGGGACGCUGAACAUCACCUCCAAUGUGUUCGCUCUGCUCUCCAGCACUGUAAUUGUGGCUAGUUUCUUAUGUCAGUCUUGCUGGUCGUUGGAUAUAGCGCGUCGCAGAUCGAUCGUUUGGAGUUUGGAGUUUGGAGGAUGUGCGCGCGUAGGAUCGGUGGAGAGGGGAGCGAAGUGGGUUGAGGAAGCCGAGGCGUCAUCAAUGGCCUGUCAUGGGUAUGUAGGCUACGUCAGGGCAGGAGAGGAGUGUAGAAUGGAUGCAGAUUCAUGUGAGAAGGACGCCGCCUUCGAGGCAGAGGCACUUGAGGGAGGGACAAGCGGAUCCAAGGCGUGUAACGGCGGCGUCGCUGAUAGAUAUGUCACCUAG